CAGCAGCACUAAACUGUUGCCCAUUCAUUAACUGGGUCACCCCGGGAAUUUCUUGGAGGACAGUUGAUCUUUGGUGUACCUGUCACAGUUUUCCCCUUUCACCUGUUUACCUGCCGUUGUUGUUGAGGAGAGGGCCGGAGUUUUGACAGAGGAACAAGUAUUGACCUAGCGAAGGCGGGGCCAAAGAAGAUAAAACAAGGAAUUUCCUGGUGAGCUACGACAACACAGGAAGAUGAAUGUGGGCGUUGCUCACAGCGAGGUGAACCCCAACACACGGGUGAUGAACAGCAGAGGGAUAUGGCUCACCUAUCUGCUGCUGACCGUCGUGUUGCACGUCAUCCUGCUCAGCAUCCCUUUCUUCACCGUGCCGCUCGUCUGGACGCUUACCAAUGUCAUCCACAAUCUGGUGAUGUACCUGUUUCUACACACAGUGAAGGGCACUCCCUUUGAAACACCAGACCAAGGCAAAGCACGUCUGCUCACACACUGGGAACAGAUGGAUUAUGGUGUCCAGUUUACAUCUUCACGCAAAUUCCUUACCAUCUCACCAAUUGUCUUUGUUUUGUCAAAGCCUCAGCGAGCCACUGGAGGUGAGCAAAAGGGCCACAUACAGCUCUGGAGCUACAGGUAUAUUCUUGCAAGUUUCUACACAAAAUACGAUCCUACACAUUUCCUCAUCAACACUUGCUCCCUCCUUAGUGUCCUCCUCCCAAAGCUGCCUCAAUUUCAUGGAGUACGGAUAUUUGGGAUCAACAAAUACUGACAGAACACUGGACUUCUACUUAUACUCUUUCUGCUUGAACUGUUUUAUAUUUAGAGGCCAGGGAGAAGGAACUUCAUGUAAAUGGUCUGAAUAUGUACAGAUUGUGUGGACUAUUAUGUGAAAUUUGCUUGCAGCCUGAUGAAAGUAAAUGCACUGCUGCUGUUUCGUCAGAGUAAAUGAUGACAUUUCUGAUGUAAAGGCCAGACAUGCUUGCUCUCGUCGUCAAGAAAGAGCAUAUUUCCAACUUCACUGUUUUCACAUGUAGCUUUUCUGUCCCUCUUUGAUUGUUGCCAUGAAUGUAAAUGAAUAUUUUUUGGUUCAUGUCCUGAAUGGCACUUGUAAGUUUUCUUUUCCUUGAUUUACUAUGAAGGAUUAACAUGCAGCACACAAUAAUAAACACUUUGCCAAGA